CUUCAACGUGCUGGACCGCCGAAAAGAGCUUCUAUACUUAUUUGUAUCUCAUAAGUGAGUCCAGUUCUGGCCCUCUCCACUGCAGUUAUGCAUCGGGAUCUCUCGAGCUCCCCGAAGAGCGUAAUGUUGCGUGACAGAUAGGGAACCGGCACCGAAUCGCCUGAAUAGCCUGCGAGCAGGCUCACGCGUUGGAGCACAAGCGCGCGCGGCGUAGCCGCGAGUGCGAAAUCGAGCGGCGAAGCCACAGACUCCUUCACGCCGGAUUGCUUUGCUCUUCGCCGCUCGCGCGUGUGACUCAAAGGUGAGCCUGCUCGCAGGCUAGAUCGCUAAAAAAAAAAAACUCUUGCUCUACGCUUCGUUCUUUAAAGUUCUUUAAUUUUCCAGAAUCCUGAACUUCACUCUUAAUCCAGAUCUAAUAUUUUCCUCCGGCUCAUUUUUCGUACAAAUGUUCAGUACAUAAAUGCAAAUAAAUUGUUUCUUUUGAAGUUGCGCGAUGUAUUCUGCACAUGCGUGCAGCAUCGCUUAGACCUGCAUUCACCUUGCCGACGCUUUGUAACAGGUUGCUCGAUCCGUGGAGAAGAAAGUCUCUAACAUGGCGCCCAAAUACGUGCUAAUUUACUUCGACGUCCGAGGCAGAGCAGAAGCAACGCGACUUUUGUUCAAAGUGGCUGGUGUAGAGUUUGAAGAUCGGCGUAUGACAUUCGAGGAAUGGGGUAAACAGAAAGAGCAGUGGAAAAGUGCUGGUAAGCUGCCCUUUGGACAGCUGCCUCUGCUGGAGGUUGAUGGAGUACUUCUUGCUCAGUCGAUUGCAAUCGCUAGAUUUGUGGCCAACGAAUUCGGCUUAACUCCGCCCGCCAAUUGGGGUAAGGCUCAAGCAGACAUGAUUGUUGAUGGUUGUGCUGAUUUUGCCCAAAAGAUUACUCCAUCCCGCUUUGAAAAAGAUGAAGUAAAAAAGGCGCAACUGGAAGAAGAGGCGAAGGCCGUUACUCCAGGCUUCCUGAAGUGCUUUGAGGACCUUCUUAGAGCUAACAAUGGCGGGAAAGGUUACUUUGUUGGUGAUAAGCUAACCUACGCAGAUAUUUCAGUCUUCAAUACUCUAAACUACGCUUGGUUUGACCCUGGUAACCCACUGAGUACUCCAGGGGAGCUCAAAAAGUUUCCCUUACUGGCAGAACACUAUGAGCGCAUCAUGAAUAUUCCUGCCAUUAAAAACUGGUUGAAAGAACGACCUGUCACACAAAUAUAAUUGGCAUAGCCUGUGGCAUGGUGCGUCAGUCUCCUAGAGUGUAUUGUGACAAACAAGUGCUUGAAUAAAACCACUGAGUGCCAAAGAAA